ACCGUGGCCACGUCCGGCGGGGCUCGGACGGGGAGCUUCGCGAUGGCUGAGGACGGGGCUCAUGGGGCCGCUGUGUGCUCCGAGCAGUUCGGCUCCGGGACGGCCCGGGGCUGUCGCGUCGCGGCCGACGGCAGCCUGCAGUGGGAGCCGGGAGGGUGGCACUGGCGGGGGUUCUCCCGGGUCUUCCAGGCGAAACCAGAUGGGGGUGGAGGGGGCUCGCCCAGCACCGCUUCCCGGACGCUCUCGGGGCUCCAGGCCGUGUUCUUGCCGCAGGGCUUCCCUGAGAGCGUCAGCCCGGACUACCUGCCCUACCAGCUGUGGGAUUCUGUGCAGGCCUUUGCUUCCAGUCUCUCCGGCUCCCUGGCCACCCAGGCAGUCUUGCUGGGCCUAGGGGUGGGGAACGCAAAAGCCACUGUCUCAGCUGCCACGGCCACCUGGCUCGUGAAAGAUUCAACUGGCAUGCUGGGCCGCAUCCUCUUUGCCUGGUGGAAGGGGAGCAAACUGGACUGUAACGCGAAGCAGUGGAGGCUUUUUGCUGAUAUCCUCAAUGAUAUUGCCAUGUUCUUGGAGAUUAUGGCUCCUGUGUUCCCAGUCUGUUUCACCAUGACCAUCAGCACCAGCAACCUGGCCAAGUGCAUUGUGAGCGUGGCUGGUGGGGCCACGCGGGCCGCGCUGACCGUGCACCAGGCCCGCAGGAACAACAUGGCCGACGUGUCCGCUAAGGAUAGCAGCCAGGAGACACUGGUGAACCUGGCAGGGCUCCUGGUCAGCCUCUUGAUGCUUCCCCUGGUGUCAGGUUGCCCUAGCGUCAGCCUCGGGUGUUUCUUCCUCCUCACUGCCCUCCACAUCUACGCCAACUACCGGGCCGUCCGAGCCCUUGUCAUGGAGACCUUGAACGAAAGCCGGCUGCGGCUGGUCCUGAAGCACUUUCUUCAGCAGGGGGAGGUACUUGACCCCACGCCAGCCAAUCAUAUGGAGCCGCUGUGGACAGGUUUCUCACCAUCUCCAGCUCUAUCCCUGGGGGUCCCUCUACACUGUUUGGUCUCCAGUGUGUCUGAGCUGCAGCAGUUGGUUGAGGGGCACCAGGAGCCCUACCUCCUCUGCUGGGACCAGUCACGAAACCAGGUGCAGGUAGUUCUGAGCCAGAUGGCAGGCCCUGAGACCGUCCUAAGAGCCGCCACACACGGGCUGGUGCUGGGAGCCUUGCGGGGAGAUGGACCCCUUCCAGGAGAGCUGGAGGAGCUGAGGAGCUGGGUGCGGGCAGGUCCUGAGAAAGAUAGCUGGGUGGUCGUGAAGGAGACGCACAAGGUGUUGGACAAGCUGUUCCCAAAGUUCUUGAAAGGGCUGCAGGCUGCCGGCUGGAAGACCGAGAAGCACCAGCUUGAGGUGGAUGAGUGGAGGGCCUCGUGGCUCCAGACUCCGGAAAAGAAGGUCUCGUGAGCAGCCCGGACAAGGACACCGGCCACGGCAGCUUGUGGAAACGGCUGCUUUAUUUUUGCUGAGGGAAACCAUUAGGGCAGCUUGGCCGAGGCCUCGUGGAAGUGACUGCCAAUCAAAUGGACUGGGCCUUCCCAUACCGCUUCUGCCCCUUCCCCCUUUCCGGGGACUGCUGCAGGCUCCCGAUCCCCGCUCACUGUCUGGCCAGCCCUGUCCUGACCUGUGGCUCGUGAUGCCCAACACAGUUGGCCCUAGGCAUAAAAGCCCCAGAAAAACAUGGCCACGGCCAUCAUGAGCAGGGCAUUGAGGUUGACCACCCGGGACCAGCGCGGGUCCUCGUUGAUGUCCUCCAGCCGCCUGGCUGCUGCAGCCUCCUCUUCCUGGGUAGGGGGUGCGGGGCCACCUGCCUUGCCCCUGUUCAUUCCACAGAACCACAGCAAGCACUGGCGGAACAGGCCUGGGCCCGGGGCCUGGGGCUCUGAGGGAAAUUGAGGCCCGCCAGUGAGUUUGAGGGAGCUUGCCCCCAGCUCCCCCUCCUUAGCACCCCUCCCUGAUCAGUCCCAUACCUUCCAUCUCCACUGCGUGCUCUGGGCGCCCGUUCUGGACAGGGGGAGAGGCCGGGGCUUCCAGCUCGUCAGCAUCCAGGUCCUCCCGUUCCUCCUUGCUGUGCCGCAGACUGAAAACCAGGCGGUGGAGCUGGGGAGGGUGGGAGCAGGGGCCGAGUGGGAGUCCUGUUCUCCCAGCCCAGGCCCGGGUCCUGAGGUCUCUUGUCCUCAUUGUCACACCAGCCCUGGGACUGCCCACCCUCUAUCCAGUGCACACCCAACCCAGGCUCAGCUCACUCAGACCUUCAUCACCUCAAGCCUGCUGUCUGCACCCGGAACUGGACUCAGCACUCUGGUCUGUUCGGUUUCCUCCUGCUGCUGUGGCAUCCCACCCAUCCUUCCUGGCCCACCAUUUCUGUCCCGCCCCUCCCCCACUCGCUCAGCCCUGCCCUGCAGCUGCACAAAACCGAAGCGUUUGUGAGCUCUCAGGAGGGCACUCUGUCUCAGCCACCAGCAAGGUCCUGUGGGUCGGGUUCCAAAGGCUAUGUUGGAUUGGCUUGGGAGGGGAGUGGAGCUUUAAUUAGCAGCCUUCUAAAAUCUUCAGGCUCCCUCCUCCCAAACCACUUGAAAUAAAUGUCAUUGAAAUAAAAACAGGCUUGCU